GCAAGAUUUGGUACGGGUAGAAAACACCCACCAACCUUGGCGGGUCCCAGUCUCCACCCCACUCCUGACUUGGUCUCAGCCAACAGCGAAAAUGGCACCACGCGCUAGGACAGGGCUGGCGGCCCACGGAGAUCUCCUAUUGGUGGAGGGCGCCUUCCCCCACCUCUUUAUUGGUCAGCUCCAUUAGGCGGGGAACCCGCAGGGAUGGGCCGGGUUAGGGAUGUUAGGGAGCCAGCUUCUGUGCCUGUAGAGUAGGGAGCUCCUGGGAAACGGCGCCGCAAUCGCGCAGCUUUAGGUUUUUCUGUUUCUUUUUUCUUCUCUGUUUUCACAUGCAGCCACCAGCCCAUCAAGACAUGACCACCAACGCAGGCCCUUUGCACCCAUACUGGCCCCGGCACUUGAAGCUGGACAACUUUGUGCCUAAUGACCGCCCCACCUGGCAUAUCCUGGUUGGACUCUUCUCCAUCUCUGGGGUCUUAGUUGCGAUCACAUGGCUGUUGUCAAGUCGAGCUUCUGUUGUCCCACUGGGUACUUGGCGACGACUGUCCCUGUGCUGGUUUGCAGUGUGUGCGUUCAUUCACAUGGUGAUUGAGGGCUGGUUCUGUCUCUACCACGAGGUACUUCUUGGAGACCAAGCCUUCCUAUCCCAGCUCUGGAAAGAGUAUGCCAAGGGAGACAGCCGAUACAUCAUUAAUGACACCUUCAUCAUCUUUAUGGAGACUAUCACAGCUUGCCUGUGGGGACCACUCAGCCUGUGGGUGGUGAUUGCCUUUCUCCGCCAGCAACCUCUCCGCUUUGUCCUACAGCUCGUGGUCUCUGCAGGCCAGAUAUACGGGGAUGUGCUGUACUUCCUGACGGAGCACCACAACGGGUUCCAGCAUGGGGAGCUGGGUCACCCCAUCUAUUUCUGGUUUUACUUUGUCUUCAUGAAUGGCUUAUGGCUGGUGCUGCCCGGAGUCCUCGUGUUUGAUUCCAUAAAGCAGCUCACUCAUGCCCAGAGCAUGUUGGACACCAAGGUCAUGAAGACCAAGAGCAAGAAUAACUAAGGAGCAGUGGAGUGGGUUGGAAUGCUGCUGAUUAGGCACUCUCCGCCGGCCAGAAGAGUCUAAUCCUGUUCCCACAGGUUGGAGGGUCAAAGCUAACUGAUCUGUCACACUCAGGUUAAUGAGUGGGCACAUAAAACAUCCAGGGACAGGAAAGGUAUGGGAUAUAUGGAGCUAUUGCCAGGAACCAUUGGGGGAAAGAUAGAAGAGAAGGCAGGAGGUCUGUGAUGGUGGCAGUUUUCAAAAAAUAGGAAAUAAAAUAUGUUAACUCUUAA